AUGUCCACCUCCACUUCUCCCCCGCAGCAGCUCAAGGACGAAGUCCAGGUCGCCGAGACCAAGCCGGUCAACCAGACUAUUGCCCAGUUGCGCUCCUUUGCCGCGGGCGGUGCUGGUGGUCUCUGUGCAGUGAUUGUCGGACACCCUUUCGAUCUGGUCAAGGUCCGACUGCAAACUGCGGAACGGGGUGUCUAUGCGGGCGCAAUGGAUGUCGUGAGGAAGACGGUUGCCCGGGAAGGUCUAGCUCGAGGGUUGUAUGCUGGUGUGUCCGCGCCGCUGGUCGGAGUGACCCCGAUGUUUGCUGUUAGUUUCUGGGGAUACGACCUGGGCAAGACCAUUGUGGGCAAGCUGUCGACCGUGCCGGUGGAGAACAACACCCCACAAUACUCGAUUGCGCAGAUCUCCUCGGCCGGGUUCUUCUCGGCCAUUCCCAUGACGCUGAUCACGGCGCCCUUCGAGCGUGUCAAGGUCCUCCUGCAGAUCCAGGGUCAAAACCCACCGCCCCCAGGACAGAAGCCCAAGUACUCGGGUGGUGUGGACGUGGUGCGACAGCUGUACAAGGAGGGCGGCAUCCGCAGUGUGUUCCGUGGGAGUGCCAUGACGCUGGCCCGUGAUGGACCCGGCUCGGCCGCCUACUUCGCGGCCUACGAGUAUAUCAAGCGGUCGUUGACCCCCAAGGAUGAGAAUGGUAACAUCACCGGCGAGCUGUCUCUGCCUGCGGUGUUGACGGCGGGUGGUGCGGCCGGUAUUGCCAUGUGGAUCCCUGUCUUCCCCGUCGACACCAUCAAGUCUCGCCUGCAGAGUGCCCCAGGCAAGCCGACGAUCGGCGGCACCAUCAGUGCUGUGUAUGCCAGUGGCGGCUACAAGGCCUUCUUCCCUGGCUUCGGACCGGCUCUGGCGCGUGCUGUGCCGGCUAACGCAGCCACUUUCCUGGGUGUGGAACUGGCGCACAAGUUCAUGAAGAAGAUGUUUGACGACUAA